AUGGAGAGCGAGUGGGCAGAGCGGCGGUUCUAUCCGUGUACGGCCGAGGCGUACGAGCUGCGCGAGGUCAUCGGGGUGGCCGAGAGCGGACGGUCGGUGGUGUGGCGGGCAUGGGCGGCAUCGAUGAAGAAGGAGGUGGCGGUCAAGGUGGUGGAUCUGGACACAACUCAGGGGAGACUGAUCCAGGUUCAGGCUGAGGUCUCCAACAUGGGCCUCGCCUGGCAUCCCAACAUCCUCCCCUACUACGUCUCGUUUGUCAAGGACUCAUCGCUGUGGAUUGUCAUGCGGCUGGCGCGCGGCUCGCUGAGGGACGUGCUCAACUCGGCUUUUCCCACGGGCUUUGCCGAGGAGGCCAUCAUUGCCUCGGUCCUUGCGCCUGUUGUCCGCGCCUUGGCUUAUCUGCAUGAGCACGGGCGCAUCCACUCGUGGGUCAACGCCUCCAACAUUCUCGUCACCCACUCGGGCGAGGUUCUCCUCGACGCUUUCUCGUGCAUUGUCGCUACGCCUCCUGCAAACACAGGCUUUGACUUGCUCGCAGCGGCGUUUGCCGCCGGCGCCUCGCCAUGCUGGACCGCGCCCGAGGUCCUUCAGCAAGCGGCCGGCUACGAUGCGCGCGCCGACAUCUGGUCGCUUGGCAUCACCGCCAUGGAGCUCGCGCUCGGCUUUCCACCCUACGCGCAGUGGCCGUCGAUCAAGAUCAUGUACCACGUGCUCCACGACGAGCCGCCCACGCUCACGGCACUGGAGCGCGAGCGGUUCGGCUCGUCGAAGCGCAAGUUCUCCAAGGCCUUUCGUUCGUUUGUGGCGUCGUGUCUUGUCAAGGAUCCGGCCGCCCGAGCGCCGCUGGCCAAGCUCGCCGAGUCCAAGUUCUUUCGCCUCGCCAAAAAGCCCGGGUACCUUAUCAAAAAGGUGCUCGAUCACACGGUCCUUGUCCACGACCACGAUGUCGCCACCAACGAAGACACCGAGUCGCUGGCAGCCAUCCUCAAGUGCCGGCUGCGGUCCAAGACCGGCAACGAGCCGGCGUCGUUCUGGGACUUUCCAGACAAUAUCACCGACUCGGUCGACGCGCCACCACCGGCACGCCCAAAGCGAGGCCGCCGCGGGCAUGCCCGCCGACGCACAAAGUCCAAGAUCCGGGUCCGGGUUCGGGUCCGCCGCUCACGCUCGGCAUCGACUUCGCGCGGCCACACGUCGUACUCGCGCUCGCGGGCCGACUCGCUCUCGUCCGACUUUUUGGACCGCGUGGUCAACAACGAGUGCUCGCUCACGACCGAGUCGACGACUUCACUGGACGAGGACGACGAUCUCACCUGCGUCUCGUCGACGACGCGAUGAUGUCCGACUGCUGUGUGACGAGCAAAUCCCGCUCUGCAUGGGCAAGCCAAGUCACCCCUACGCCGCUGGGCUCCCAUGCACCGGCUGCUUUCAUCGACUGCAGUGAAUCGAUGUCUGUGC